GAGAACCAGCAGCUUUUCUCAGCCUGGUCUCCAUUCCUCUCUCUCUGAAACCCAAUCCCCGGGCCUUCAGAGCUCACAUUUAGUUCAAUGAAACCUAACUGUACCCUCACUAUAGUGAAAUCCAGGACUUUGUUCUUCAUUUGUCUCCCUGUGUACAAAUGCUAACUCUUUUUACAAUUUCCAUCUAAUAUUUGCUGAUCCAGUUUUAAACUCUGAUAUUAAGACUCCGUUUUGCAGAGUAGAUAAUUUGAGUUAUAUUCAUUUCCUAGUGGAAGCUCGGGUCCCAGCAGUGAUCCCAUCAUUUGUGUUUGUUCAAUCUGCCUUCUGCUACCUUGUCAGCAAUAUUGCAUCAGAGACUUCCCACCUUUCUUACUGAUGUGUGAUGCCUAUUUGGUUGUGACUCAAUCAAAUUAAGUUUGUAAGUUAGGAGAAAGACAGAAGAGGUGACUAUGAUUUCUGUAUUAAAAGAUUGUGGGUCUAGGGAUGAAUGGAUUAAAAAAAGCGGUGAGAGAUAGAUAGGUGAUAGAUAAGUAGAUAUUGGAAUAUUAUUCAGUCUUUAAAAGGAGGAGAUUCUGCCACUUGCCACAAGUUGGAUGCCCCUGGAGAAAAUUUCACUAGUGAAAUAAUCCAGACACACAAAGAAAAAUACAUGAUCUCACUUACGCAUGGAAUCUUUAAAAAGAGAAAUUCAGGCUUUGGAGUUAGGAAGAGCUGGGGUCUAAUUUGAUCGCCACCGCGAUCAGAAACCUGUCUUGGUCUCAGCUUCCACACCUGCUGGGAGGUUACGAGUUCAGCAUCUGAUGCACCCUCGAUGACAGUGAGUUAGUGUCUGUCCCUCCCCUCUCCCCUCACAAACAUGAGUGACAAGUGACACUCAGCUGCUGGGAUCCCAGGGCGCCUUCAGAGAACACUGCAACACAGUGCUCAGGCCAGCAAUUGACAGCAAGCGGAUUGCACCACGUGUGGUGCUGGGGAUAUUGCGUCCAAUCCCACCCAUCCAACAAGAACUCCCCGAGUGGGUCCCCACGCCCAGCUCCGUGCUGACCAGGCCGUGGAGACUACAACGCCAUGCGCUUCUGCACACACUGGAGUACUUGCAGUUUGGAAGGACACUCUCUUGUGAUAUGGGCAGGGUGAGUUAAUAGUAUCCUGUUUUGUGGAUGGGAAACCUGAGGCUGGGGGAUGGAUUUGUUGGGAGGAAAUGGAGGCCUGAGUGUCUGAGCAACUGAUGCAGGGCCACACCAAGUGGCUGCGGCUGGACUGGAGCCCGGGGCAGGUGGCCGUCAGCCCAGGCCUCUCUCAUCUCACUCAGCUGCAUCUCUACAGAGCACCGCGUCAGCGUCUGCUUCACCCAGAGUUACGUGAUGUUUUUCUCUCCGUGAGAGCUCUGCACUGUGUUUCUACAAAAUAAGAAUGUCUUUCUGAGAUGGCCCAGAAUCGUCGUCAUCGAAAUGGUGAAAAACACUGCGUGCAAAGGCCCUCUUGUUGCUGCCCUUGUCUUCUGCCAUCCCCCGAAAGGGAGCUUUGUCUUGGGCCUGCUGACCUCAGUGCCAGUGUUGGCUGAUGAGCUAAGGCUCUGGGCAGCUGCAGUGCAGCGACCACCAAGGGUCUUUGUAGCACCUGUUGUCUCGGUUGGUGCUAGCCCAAGAAGGGCUGUGGUUAGGUCCCUUGAGCAAAAGAGCCCUGACUGCAGAGGUCCAGAUGUCUCCCUUACUCCAACAGUGCUCCAGAAGCAGCAGUGCAUGGUGCUGGGAGCCUGGGGGCUCCAAUUGGUCUACAGAAGUUGCAGGAAUUGUUGGGAAGCUUGCAAGGGGCAAUGGCAGAGAUUGUUAGGAAAGCCAGGUUCUGGUGAGACUUGGGCAACCCAUUUGUACUCUUGAGCCUUGGUUUCCUGUUGCUAAGAGACGGAGAAGUGAAUGAAGUCACCAUUGAAGUAUGCCAGCACCAUGGAACACCUUACCUGAGCACAUAGUCUUGGGGGAAGGAGCAGUGUAGGUGGGCUCCCUAAAGGGUUCUCAUUUGUUAACCAGGCUGAGUCCCACUCACCUCAAACUGGCCAACACAGGGGUUGCCUCCUUCUGCAUGUGCAGGACCGCCUCCUCCGUGGCCACCUUUCUGGUUAGAUUUGAGUCGUGUGCACGGAGCCCACGUGGCCUGAUUUGAGGAAGGCUCUGAUUGUUCUCAUGUACCUGUGAGGUUAUUUCUGAUGAGUGCUUGGGUCUCGGUCUCCUGUUCUCCAGAAUAAGGGUUUCAAAGGCCUUGACCUUUGAGGCAUAUCAGGACCAAAAUGUUAGGAUUCUUUUGGAAACUUUAAUCCUUUGCUGUAUCCCUAUCACUGGAUAACAUUUAAUUUUAAAGCUCAGCAAAUGCGCCAAUUUAGAGGAACUGGACUCAGGCUGGGGAGGCUGUGGGCAGGAUCAAGAGCUGGAGUUUAGGCUGAGUCCUGGCAGGUAGGGAAGGCUGGGGCUGAAACAGUCAGGGACGGCUGGGCUCAAGGGGCUGAGUCUCAAAAGUGGAAUCCAGACCACUGCAGCCCAGGGGAGCCAGGGACUGAGUCAAAGCAUGGUCCAAACAUUGUCCCCGCCCAGGCCCUGAGGGGACUUGGCGAGGAGCAGCCCAGGAAGACUGGCACUGACAAAUUGGAAGUGGGCGACAGCAACCAGGGGGAGACAGGAGCCCUGGGGACUUGAUCCAGAGAAGUGGGCACUUGCAGGCUAUUUGGAGCCCAUGGUCUUUAAAUAUUGACUUUGUGUUGGGGAGGGCGGGUAAGGCAGGGUGAUGGGUGUGGGGAGGGUGGAGACAGGUUGGUUCUAGGAGCCUGGAACCCCCACAGGCAGGCUCAGCACACACAGGCACCUUGCCUUUCCCAGGGCAACUCCUGAGAAGGUGGUUUAAGGGUCGGGUGUCCUUGUCAGAGCAGGCCUUUGAGGACUCUUUAUUUUCUGUGCCAAACACAAAAUACAAAAGACUCCCUGAAUUCACAGUUUUUUCCUUGAAAGGAAUUCCAAGGGGAGAAAAAGUCUCCAGCACGUCCUGGGUUCUUAGUCACGUCCAGGUGCCCUUGUGCCUCACAGCUGCUGGGGCACUGGUCUCUCUGCCGGGUUCUCACUCCUGCCCAGGCUGAGGAUCUGGGGAGGGGUGGGGCCCUUCUGACUGGCCCCAGGGGGCGGGACUCAGGAUGACCUCAGGCUCCUGGCUCCUCCUCCUUCUCUGGAGGCUGAGACCAGGAGCAGAGAUGUGGUUGGCUGAGCCUAUGGAAUCCUCUGGAAAUCUGUGAGGGCCAGUGAGUUUGGGAGAAGGAUCAGGAGCUUGGUGAGCGUUCUUGGAGCUUUAAUGUCUCUUCCUGUGUUGCAGAGUUUUUCACUGAACUUCACACUGCCGGCUAACACGACUUCCUCUCCGGCUGCCACAGGUGGGAAGGAAGCAGUAAGUAUGUCGUUUCAAUCACUGAGACAUGGUCUGGGCAUUUAUAAAGUGGGGUAAUAGGUCUGUACCCCACUCAUGCACUUGUGUUGAGGAUUAGUUAAAGCUUAGGACUUGGCUCAGUAAUUAUUCUUAUGGCCAGUUUUGCUCCAAAGUGAGAGAGAAUGUGCAGAAUCACAGAUGAGUUUCCCACAGUGUUGAGCCAAAGAAACCAGCCACAAAGGGUAUGCAUCUCACAGCUGUGUCUAUGUGUUGAUGCUGUAGAACAGACAAAACCAGCCAGGGGAGUGGUCCCACCCAGGGAAACUGGAAGGGAGACUGAGGGGGUCCCAGGGUACUGUUCUGCUUCCCAGUCUGGGAGCUGAGUCUAUGAGUGUGCUCAUAUGUGCUAAGUCAUUGAGCUAUAUAUUUGUGGUUUAUGCACUUUUAUCAUUUGUCAAUAAAAUCACCUCCUACCCCCCAAAAGUGAAGAACUCAACAUUCUGUAGGAGUUGAACAUUUGCAGGGAUUCUGCGGAUUAUCUUUGCUGGCUCCAGAAAAUCUGCAAAUUUGAAAAUGGAGGUGGCAACAAAGUUGGCUUAGAAUUUGAAAAUCAAUUGGUUAAUGUGUUUGGUGCAAGUAAGUUCUUAAAAUCCCAUCAAAAUGGCCUAGGAAAUAAUAAAAGCUCUGACUCGGUAUCUCACUGAUGCUCCGAAUUGCACCUGUUUUCCCUCUGCAGAGGAGACGCUCAUGCUUCUGCUCCCAGAACUCCUGCUUCGGCCCACUCUCCAUUUCUUCCAAUGGAUUUUCAUCCUCUCCCAGACUGCGGGCCCUCCCUUGGAAUCGCAGCAGCCGUGCCAUCCCUGGUGGCCACAGCCCUGCUGGUGGUGUUACUGUUUACUGUGCUUUACCGGAGAAGCCGCGGCGGCAGCGAAUCCGUGGAGGAAAGCGAGAGACCAUGUGAAAUUACAGAAAUCUAUGACAAUCCCAAGAUCUCCGAGAAUCCUAGAUCACCUACACAUGAGACGAAUACGGCAGGAGCACCAGAAGGCCACAUUUACGUGAGGACUGUCUCAGGAAGUGAGCAGCCUGUGCGCGACACUUACGGCCCCCGUGAAGAAAUGGAGAGGAGGAGGGGACUGUGGUGGCUUAUUCCCAGACUGAGCCUAGAGUGACACGGCUCAGUCAGGGAGCAGACCUGGAGCUGGAACAGGGCUGGACACCCCGGGAUUUGUGCUCGGCCACGAGAGAUGCCAAGGUGCUUCCUAACCAAUCCAGAUUUCAUUUACAGAUCUGGAGCACUCUGGGGUGGAUUUGUCUCUGCACAGGGGACAGUGCCAAUAAGGUUCAUUCCAACUCUAGACCUUGUGGUUUAAUAAGAAGAGAAGCACAGGUGUGCCCACCCUGUGUCUCGAUGGAGCCCUUAGAUUCUCUUCUAACCCCAAGGGGAGUUUGUUGCCUUGAUCAUUCUGAGAAAGGGGCUUGAUUUCUGAAUAUCUUGCCUUCUGUCCCUGAUUGCACAUUCCUUUUCUCAAAAAAGUCAUUAGACCUGUCCUCUAUGGCAACACUGGCCAACAUCAGUCUGGUACAAGUUGAGGUAUAAAUUAACCUUAAGGGGCAUUUGCCAGAGGAAUCCGUUUCUUACUUCUGAAUAUCACAGGGGAGCCACCUGUUCCCUGAGCACAGGGCAGCAUGUGGUGGGUCAUGUCAUCAGGCAAUGGAAAGAACACGAACUCUAGAGUCAGCUCUGCCACUAGGCUGCUGUUUGACUCUUGCAGAAGUUGUCUGACCUCUCCAAGCUUCAGUGUCUGCUUUUGUAGAAGAGGAGAUACUAUUACUUGCCUCACGAGGUCAUAGAAAAGAUUAAAGUCCAAAUUGUUGACAUCUAAUGAUAAUUCUAGGUGUUGCUAGUGUCUGUGAAGUUUAAAAUCCAGCCAUGACCCUGUCUUUACAUGUUACCAGAAAAAUCAAGUGCUUACAAGUUCCAGAUUCCAAGUACAGAGACCUGUGGCAUCACAUGUAACUUUCAAGAUGUUGAAGCUGAUAGAAAGUCAUCUUUCAAAUUUAGAGGAUGUUGUUCUUUACAAUGGGACAUUUUGCAUUACCAUACCUGUGAUGGCAGUUCCUCAAGUAUCUUUGUUUAACCUUUGUGCCUUGUGGGUAGUUGCUAAAUAACUCUUUAGAGUGAAGAGGAGCCCUGAGUCCCUGCCAGAAUUGUACCCCGAGUGGUGUUGGCCCACUGACUGUGCUGGCCUACACCCACCAGUAUGCCAUAUCUUGUGUGUAUUGCUCCUGCUGUUCUCUGACCCCAGCAAGUCCUUGCCCCAGCUUUCCAAUCCCCCUGCCCUGCCUCCCCUUCUUUUUUUUUGCUGCAUUAUCCUUUGUCCUCAACACCAAUAUCAUUUUCUCCAUGACUUGGGACGAGCUGGCUUCCUAGCAUGUGUCCCAACACCUCAUUCUUUGAGAGUAUUCAGGAAGGCAGCUUUGCAAUGGUGUGUGUGUGUGUUGAUGGCAAAGAGGAAAAGGGAAGGCAACAAUUGCUCCAACAGAUCGUUAGAAAUGAGGCUGUUUCCAUUCUGUGGUAGUGAAGAGAAGACCCAGGCCCUUGGAUGAUCAUGGGGAAAAACUGUCUGGCAGGAAGAGUGAUCAAGAGGCCCAAAUAGAUGAACAUAGGACCACUGGAGCUGGCUGAGUGCCUGGAGUCCAAGGGGAGCCCAUGGACAGCAUCAGGGGGCUCAUGCCAGGCCUCUCCCUUCACUUCCUCAAGGGGGCGUCCAGGCAGCUUGCAUUGCCAUUGCCUCUGAGCAGACCAGACCUCCCAGUGGAAAAUCUUGGGGUCCAUUCACUGGCUCCAGGAGCCACCUUGACACCAUGGGGAACAUUUCUUUUUGUUUUCACUCAGCGUCUCUGAUCGCUCGGAUAUGUGCCUCCUCCUCCCUGGAUCUAUACACCCAAUCACUGCCCCUGCCAACACCUGCUCUCCAAAUCCUCUUGUGACCCCUGGGUUCAGUCAGCCUGACAAGCAGAUUUGGCCAUUGGUGUGCAGACAUUCCCAGCGAUCAUGAUGCUUGUAGGUCUCCCACAUAUCAACAAGGAUCUCAGAUUUACUGAGAGCUCAGCUGUGGCAUUGGCUUUGACCUCACAGGUUUCAGCUCUGGGGUAGAUGGCUGAGCACCUGGAGCCUCAGUUCUACACUCAAAGAACAGAGAUGGCAGCUCUCAUUCCUCAACCUCACCAGGUAAUUGUGCAACUGGAUUGAAAUUCACAUGUGAAUAAGCCUUGGAGCCUAAAAAGUAUAGUGUGACUUGUAUUUUGGAUCAUUUAUUUUAAUUAUACUUACAAUCUAUUGCUUAGAAUCUUUAUUUCAAAUUGUUUCUACCAAACUAGCAAGGUUGACUAUUUCUGUCGUUUAUAUCCACUAUGAUGCAAAGAAUUUAUUUUGGAAUAAGUGAAAAGUAAAAUUUCCCUUCUUAUAAACUUAUAAAAUGUCUGUUGCUUUCUUUGCCUGAAUUAAAGUUUGGGACAUUGGCCCUGGACUUGGAACCAAGAUUAUCCCUGAGAUACUCCUGGUACAGCACUUUCUGGCCGGGCUGAUGAUGAAAAUUCAGUCCUUCCUUGGAGGGCAGCCCACAGGAUUACAAGGAUGAGACUAGAAGUCUGACACUCUCGUGCCCUAAUCCAGGGCUGGUGCUAAGUACUGUGUCACCCUGGGUUGGUUGCACAAGGUUUUUGCGUCUCAUGUGCUAAUGUGUCUCCUGGUCCUUAGAUUGAUUUGCCACUAAGGUUACAUCAACCCAGUUCAAAUAGUCUUUUAAAAUAUUAUUUAUUUAUAUUUAUUGUUAAGGGAGAAAGAGAAAAGAGAGAGAGAGAGAGAGAGAGAGAGAGAGAGAUCUUCUGUCUAUUGGUUCACUCCUCAAAUGCCUGCAAUAGCCAGAGCUAGGCCAGACCAAAACCAAGAGUGAGUGACUCCAUCCAGGUCUCCCACACGGGUGGCAGUGACCUAAGUACUUGAGCCACCAUCACCUCUGCCUCCCAGGGUAUAUUAGUGGGAAGCUGGAAUUGCAAGUGGAACCAGGACUUGAACUCAGGCACUCUGAUAUGGGAUGCAGGCAUCCUAAGAAGUGUCUUAACCACUGCACCACAUGCUUGCCCUCAGUUCAAAUAUUCUAACUUUAGUUUUUCUGAACCUCACAAAGUCUGCCCCUUCUGCCUCCCUGCUCCCCACUCCCUUCAGCACAUGGCCAGGGCCUCUAUAGCUCCUGACUUCACAGGUGGCAGAGUUGUUUUAUUUCUCUUGUAUUUUGCCAAGAAAUAAUGAUGAUUACACAGUUUUCCUUAUGGCAUUUGCCCUUGAAACACUGUAAUGCUAACAAAAGAGCAAAGCCCAGCGAUAAUGACUGCUUUUUGACAUUGCCAAUUCAUGUGAUCUUUGCAAUCCCACUGUCGUGGAGAGAAUCGUUGCCUAACACAGGAAUUGAUUGGACAAAUGUGUGCUGACUUCUUCCCUAUGUCACACAAUCUGCCAGGACCUAAGACAACAUUUGGGACAUAACAUAACAAAAAAGCUAAAGGCAACUGGGUCUUCUUGAAAAUGUCUCUCCAACCCAUGGAUUUCCUGUCUAUUGCAGGAAAUGACAUCAGGAAAUUUUUCAUAAAGGCAUUUUUGCCUCUGGGCUCAAAAACAUAAAAGGGUGUGUCUCCCUUGGGUUCAAACAAUAGCAGAUUCUGUCUACAUGGUCUUUCCCCCUUUUUCCUAUACCUGAAGCCAGAAGAGAAGGAGAGGUAGGCAAGAGUCUUCAGCCACAGAAUUUCCAAAUGGCUGCAGGAAAGUCUACACCUCCACGUAAAACUCAGAAAGAUAAAGGGCUGUCUCCUCUACCCUGCAGUGAAACUACCUGAACUCCAGUAAGCUAGGAGGUAUAAAAAUACCCAAACUGGACAGACUAGCCUGGGGGACAUUUUAGAAGAUGACUCAGUCUGUCCAAGAAAGCAUUUGAAAACAGGGCCAUUUAAAAGACAGGCUGAACAGGACUUGGGGCUUAAAAAUGGAUUUAUAAGGGCAAGGAAUGAAUUUCUUACAAUGAUACAUUGGAGGUGGUAGCUUUGAUGUGAGGACAAACAAGGAUGAAGGAAAUCUACCACCAAUGGGAUGAUUCUGUGAGCAGGAGUCAGCUGACAGUUAUGGCUGACCCCUGGUCAAGGAUUAGCCAUUGAGAACAGCCAAGGUCAAGAUCUGAAUUUUUGUCUUGAGGGCAGGGGAAAGCCCAGUCUGAGUCUCACUCCUUCUAUUUCCUCUCCCCCAGCCGACAGGGCUCCUCUCUGCCCCUCAGAUACCUGGUGUAAGGGAUUUCUCCCUGAUCAUUUGUUGCCAUGGUUCCUCCUGCCACAUGGGACUUUCUGCUUUUCAGACACCAUCAUCCUCUGACCACAUGGCCUUGGUGUGUGCUCUAGAUGAGAUAGAGCUGCAAGCUCAUGGAGGCCAAGGGAAACAGAAUCUGUAGGGCAGAGCUGGAGAGGAGAGGCGUUCACAGACAGAACUAGAGGACUACCUGCAGAAGGAUUAGAGGGAACAGUACCUCAAGUUCACGCGGGCCCAGGAACAGCCAGAGUAAGCAUCCGAAUUUAUGAGGAUCAGGUAGAUUACUGAGAAAAGUAUUGCCUCCAUAGUGGGGAAGAAGAUUAAUCCUAGAUUAAAUUAGGUUUGUGCUAUUCUACUUCUUCCCAACAAAGCAUAAAAGUAAGGUGGGGACAGACCAAAUUAUCUCCCACAUUCUAGAACAAAGCUCAAGAAUAUUUACAGGAAUAUAAAAAUAUCCAGAUUACAACAGGGUAAAAUUCACCAAGUCUAAAAUCCAAUAAAAAAUCAACAGUCAUUCAAAGAGGUAGGAAAGUAUGACAGAUGAGGAGAAUAUUUAUCAUUAGAAACUGAUUCGGCCGGCGCCACAGCUCAAUAGGUUAAUCCUCCACCUAGCGGCGCCGGCACACCGGGUUCUAGUCCCAGUCGGGGUGCCAGAUUCUUUCCCGGUUGCCCCUCUUCCAGGCCAGCUCUCUGCUGUGGCCCGGGAGUGCAGUGGAGGAUGGCCCAAGUGCUUGGCUCCUGCACCCGCAUGGGAGACCAGGAGAAGCACCUGGCUCUUGCCUUCGGAUCAGCGCGGUGCGCCGACCGCAGUGCACCAGCCGUGGCGGCCAUUGGAGGGUGAACCAACAGCAAAAGGAAGACCUUUCUCUCUGUCUCUCUCUCUCUCACUAUCCACUCUGCCUGUCAAAAAAAAAAAAAAAAAAAAAAAAAAAGAAACUGAUUCACAAUCUACAUAGAUGAUAAAGACAUUAAAAUUGUUGUGAGUAUAUCCUAUAUAUUUAAUAAUUUAGAGAAAAAGUUGAAUGUGUUAAAGAAAUGGAAGAUGGUUUUGUGAAAACCUAAUUUAUACAUCUGAAGAGCAUUUUGCCAAAGAUAAUAUACCAAUGACAGAUAAACUCAUGAAAAGAUGGUUAGUGUUGUAGUCAUUUGAGGUAUGUAAAUGAAGAUCCAUUGGCGGAACACCUCGCCCUUGAUAGUCUGGACAAGCAAGUGUUGGUGAGGACUAGGAAGAUCUGGGAUCGUCACACACUGCUGGCAGGAAUAAAAGGAAAAUACUAACAGUCGCUUUGGCAAACAACUUGGUGGUUUCUUGAAAAGUUAAAUAUAUACCUUCCAAAUGACCUAGCCAUUCUACUCCACUAGCCCGUCUCAUUUCUGAAUUCUUUCCUGUGCAAAGACAAAAACUUCUAAGAAGCACCUCUGGUAACAUAUUCAUGUGCAGUUUAUUUUAUGAAAAUUUUGCCUCCAUUUAGUUUGGAAAAAAAAUGACAUCAAAGUGCUAUGGGGCUAUAAUCUGUCUUUUUUUUUUUUUUUUUUUUUGGAGUACAACAACAGAUUAUGGGGAAUGUGGUUGGGUGUCAUGUUAGGAUAAACACAACCUUUCUCUGAAGAAAUUCUUUCUCCGAAGAAAUUGAAACCAGACAGAAAUAGGUGUACUGAGUGCCUCUGGGGUAGAAUGGAAUUCACCUUCAAGGGCUUUUCACCAUCAACUUGACCUGAAAACUCAAAAAGCUUCCAACAGCACACGCGCUUCAGACAGGGUGCCUCAAAACAGCCUGAGUUUCCUAGAAUUGGAAGCAAAUGAGGAUCACUCCACACUCAGGAUUCUUCACCUGCAUGGCUUCAGGACGCUGGGAUCCUGGGAAGUUGUAUGUAAAUUUUGUCAGUAUAAUCACCACUCAAGGCAGACAGCCCACCAUGAGUUCCUGGGGAUUCUCAAGGGAUUUGCAUCACUUCCACCCCAGCGUUUUCAACAUCAACAGCGAUCAUUGCAGUUGGAGAUCAGGACAGAGAUACCAAAUUAGACCUCUCUUAAGCAACCUGUUGCGGUAUAGUUAGCAUAAAAUGAUUUGAAAUUAGUAAAUGUUGCACUGUGUUAAUUUAAUAUUUACAUUUUCCCAGAAAAAGGAAAGCGCAGUGAAAAUAGUAAGAAGCCCGGAUGUGAGUUCUUAGUGUACUUCUCAUUUCAAGAUACACAGUAUUGGAAAAGUAACUGCCAAAGAUCCCCCUCCUCAUUUAUUAACUUACUUACAGCAAGUUGGUAAAGAUGAUUAAGCCAGCCUUCUCUCUGCCUCUGGGUCUCCAGGGUAGGAAAGGUCAAAAUAUUCAACCCAGCUUUGUAAACUCAGCUUCCUGGGAAAAUAUCAUCCCCUCAUGCCAUGGACACACGGGACCUAUGCACUGAGGCUACAGCAUUGUUUAAACCCAGAGUCACCACGGGGAGGGUCACGAAGACUGUCCUGCACUUACCGCUCCAGGACUGUGGCUCUAUUUCUUUAUUUAAAUGCCUUUGGAUUUAAAUGCCAGCCUGGGGGCCAGCGCUGUAGCAAAGUGGGUUAAUGCCCUGGCCUGAAGCGCCAGCAUCCCAUAAGGGCGCCAGUUCGAGAAUCAGCUGCUCCACUUCCGAUCCAGCUUUCUGCUGUGGCCUGGGAAAGUAGUAGAAGAUGGCCCAAGUCCUUGGGCCCUUGCACCUGCAUGAGAGACCUGGAAGACGCUCCUGGCUCCUGGCUUCAAAUCAGUGCAGCUCCGGCUGUUGCGGCCAACUGGGGAGGGAACCAUUGGAUGGAAGAUCUCUCUCUCUCUUCUCCUCUCUCUGUGUAACUCUGACUUUCAAAUAAAUAAAUAAAUCUUUAAAAAAAGAAAGAAAGAAAAAAAAAAAAAAGCCAGCCUGGCCAACAUAACUGAUUUGUUUCUUUUCAACUCGGAUGCCUGCUUUCUGGCAAGCUGUCCCCAAGCACUGGAACUGUGAUUAGAUGAUAUAACUUCCUUUUAAACUGUAGCAUGUUUUCAUUUUAAAUAUUUAUUUACUCAUUUGAAAGGCAAGUUACAGAAAUGAAGUGGGAAAACUCCUGUGCUGGAGGCCACACCUCUCCGCCCCCUUGUAAUCCUAUCAACCCACCUGUCAAUCAGACUAUGUAACCACUCCCCUUUUUGAAGCUCCUAAGAAGGUUGGAGAAGGGGAGGCUCUCUGCCUUUCUCUCCCCUCAUGGAUCCAGGCAAGCCUGGUUUGGAAGUCCCUCUUCACUCCACCCUGGCCCACUCCCCUCAACAAUGCCCUCAUGUUCCUGCGUAUUCUUCUCAUACCACAAAUAAACCCUAUCACGCUGCA